AUGCGUCCUGCCGAUAUUACUCCCGCGAUUGCCGAUAGACUCUUAGCUAUGAUUUACAAUCGCGUAAAGAUUGUCGUACUCGUGCGAUACAAAGUGAGUGAUUCGGUAUGCGUGAGCAAAUUCAAGACAAUCUUUGAUAAAGGUUACACGCCGAAUUGGAGCAUGAAAGUGUUUAAAAUUAUCAAAGUGCCACAAAUGAAUCCAAUAACGUAUCUUCUGGAAGAUUCUCGCAGAGAACCUAUUACUGGAGGAUUCUACGAAUACAAUUGCAUAGCUAAUCCCGACGUGCAUCUCGUUGAAAAGAUGUUGCACAAGAGAAGGAACGAGGUUUAUAUGAAAUGGUUGGAAUUUGACAAUUCGCACAAUUCGUGGAUACAUAAAGACAAUAUGUUGUAA